AUGCCUGAAAAAACGUAUCUCGACGCCUCCAAGGCUCUUGAGUAUCUCAAGACUUACGAACACCCCGAUGGUCUCGCCGUCGAUGAGCUCAUGAAUUCCAAGAUCCAUGGCGGCCUCACGUACAAUGACUUCCUCAUGCUGCCCGGCAAGAUCAGCUUCGGCGCUCACGAGGUCGUCACCGAGAGCCGCAUUACGCGCAACGUUGUGCUCAAGACCCCAUUCAUGUCUAGUCCCAUGGACACCGUCACUGAGGGCGACAUGGCAAUCGCGAUGGCGCUUCUUGGCGGCAUCGGCGUCAUCCACCACAAUCAGUCGCCGGAGGAACAGGCGGCAAUGGUACGUCGCGUGAAGCGGCACGAGAACGGUUUUAUCACCGACCCUGUCGUGCUCUCGCCUUCACACCGCGUCGAUCAUGUUCUCGACGUCAAGGACCGUCUUGGGUUUGCUGGCAUACCCAUCACAGAUACUGGUGCUCUUGGCGGCAAGCUCCUUGGCAUCGUGACUAACCGCGACAUCCAAUUCCGCCAGCCGUCAACGCCGCUGUCGGAGGUCAUGACGACGGACCUGAUCACUGCUCCGGAAGGUGUCACGCUGGAGGAGGCAAAUGACAUCCUCCGCGACUCCAAAAAGGGCAAGCUCCCCAUCGUCGACAAGGAGGGCCGCCUUACGUCUUUGCUUGCGCGCUCGGAUCUCCUGAAGAACCAGAACUUCCCGCUGGCAUCGAAGCUGCCGUCGAGCAAGCAACUGUACGCAGCCGCUGCGGUGGGCACGCGGCCAGCCGACCGUCUGCGACUAGCCCUGCUCGCAGAGGCGGGGCUGGAUAUCGUAGUUCUGGAUUCGUCGCAGGGCAACUCUGUUUUCCAGCUGGAAAUGAUCAAGUGGAUCAAGGAGAAGCACCCUAAACUGGAAGUUAUUGCAGGGAAUGUUGUCACGCGCGAGCAAGCGGCCAGCUUGAUCGCCGCCGGGGCGGAUGCCCUGCGUGUGGGCAUGGGCUCGGGGUCGAUCUGUAUCACUCAGGAGGUCAUGGCAGUCGGACGGCCGCAGGCAACGGCAGUGUAUGCCGUAGCAGAAUUCGCGAGCAAAUUCGGCGUGCCUGUAGUCGCGGACGGAGGCAUUCAGAACGUGGGGCACAUCGUGAAGGCGCUGGCGCUGGGCGCGGGUGCGGUGAUGAUGGGCGGUUUACUGGCGGGCACGACCGAGGCGCCGGGAGAGUACUUCUACCACGAGGGCAAGCGCGUCAAGGCGUACCGCGGUAUGGGCAGUCUGGAGGCAAUGGAGCAGGGGAAGCCGAUGCCGACGUCGGCGGCGAAUGGGAUGACGAGCAACGGGUCGACGAAGAAGAAGGCGGCAACUCAUGAGAAUGCAGCGACGACGCGGUACUUCUCGGAGUCAUCUGCAGUGAAGGUCGCGCAGGGCGUGUCAGGCGAUGUGCAGGACAAGGGCUCGGUGAAGCAGUUUCUGCCGUACCUGUACACGGGGCUGCAGCACUCGUUCCAAGACAUCGGGGUCAAGAACGUGCAGCAGCUGCGGGAAGGCGUGCGCGAAGGGCAGGUGCGGUUCGAGCUGCGUACGGCGAGCGCGCAGGUCGAGGGUGGUGUGCAUGGCUUGCAUUCGUAUACGAAGCGUCUCUUUGCGUGA